AUGCGUACGGCAGAGUGUAGCACUGACCACCGCUUGAUCCGCAUGAAGUAUCGAUUACCUGAUAUUGCACAGCAGCGCUAUCACCGUGACUCGCAUUCCAGGCCUCGGAGAUUUGCUGUUCAUCGGUUUAACCGGUUGCCAUUUAUGAGUGAGGAGGAGGCUGAGGGUGUGUCUGCAUUGCGGGCCGGGUACUGUGCUGGUCUUGAGUCUCGGCUGGCUGAUACAUAUGAUAGUGCCUCAUCCGUGGACUGUAAGUGGAGUGCUGUGAAGUCGGCUGUCGUCGAUGUGGCUGGGGAGGUGGUUGGUCGAGACAAGCGGCGUGUACCGGACUGGUUUCGUGAUAGUGCCCCGACACUGGAGCCCCUACUAGCAACCCGUAAUCGGCUAUACGAUCUGUGGCUCAGAACUGGCCAUCAGAAUGAUCACAGGGCUUUCAAGGAGGCUCGUGGCCAGGCUCGGGCUGGUAUACGGCGGGCAAAGACCACCUGGUUAAUGGAAAAAGCGGCGGUGGUGCAGCGGGGACGUUUCAGCGGCAAAUAUGUGUGGUCUGCCAUCCGAGAUAUGCAGCGCUGUUUUGGUGGGCUAAAGCCAAUAUCUGUACAGGCUAUCCGCGACACUCGGGGAGACGUCUGUGGAUCUGUGCAAGAGCAGAGGGACACAUGGCACGGGCACUUCUCAGGUGUUUUGAAUGUCUGCAGUACUUACGAUGCAGAGGUAUUCCAGCAAAUCCCCCAGCGGGAGAUCAUGCACUCGCUAACGCAGCCACCGUCGGGAGAGGAGUUGACCCAUGCCCUGAGACAUCUGAAGAACGGCAAGGCUGGUGGCAUGUCGCAGAUCGUGCCUGAACUGUUGAAGGCUGGUGUGCCCGUCCUCCACCCACUCCUUCUGGACCUGCUUCAAUCUGUCUGGUCGGAAGGUUACGUACCGCAGGACUGGCGUAAUGCAGUGCUCAUCCCCAUACCUAAGAAGGGUGACCUUUCUCGCUGCGACAACUGGCGAGGAAUUGCGUUGCUGGAGGUUGUGGGGAAGCUAGUUGCUAGGGUCGUGCAGAAUCGGCUGCAAGUGCUCGCUGAGGAUGAGCUACCGGAGUCGCAGUGUGGGUUCCGGCGAAACCGUGGUUGUGCUGAUGCCAUCUUCUCUGUCCGCCAACUGGUAGAGAAAUCAUAUGAGCAUAGAUCGAAGCUGUUUUGCGUCUUUGUGGACCUCCCCAAAGCAUACGACUCUGUGCCUCGUGAGGCUCUGUGGCAGGCAUUGCUUCGGCUCGGUGUCCCCCCUCAGGCUGUGACUCUCGUGAAGUCGUUCCAUACGGACAUGUUGGCGUCUGUUCGUGUUGCUGGUGGCUGUACCGAUCCGAUCUCUGUACAAAAUGGUUUACGGCAGGGGUGUGUCAUGGCUCCUGUGCUGUUCAACCUGUAUUUCGGAUUGGUGAUGGAGCGGUGGAGGUCUGUUCUCAGGGAGCGCGGCAUCGAGUCUGGUGUGGAUUUCAGCUUCUUGAUUAAUGGACAGUUGUUUCCCCGUGCAGCUGGGCGACGUCGACAGUCUCAGACUGGUCAUGCUGAUGAUUUUGAGUUUGCCGAUGACGCCGUCCUACUCGCAACAACUCGUGCUGCAGCCGACCUGUCCCUGUCCGCCUUCUGCGAUGUGGCAUCCAGCUUUGGCCUCACGGUCAGCAUGACGAAGACUAAGCUACUGGUCGCGGGCUAUGGAGUCGCUGCCGCUGAUUGUUCCGAUCUGGCAAGUGUUGGACCCCAUUGA